UAAUGGGUGUACUGUAAAUGGUGUUAGGUACCAUAUUCAAAGACGCGAUGAACUACGUAAAAGUCAAAAUUGCGGUCUAGUUGUUGAAGGCUAUUACGAAAAUGAGGUGAUUAAUUUUUAUGGUAUUAUAACUGACAUGAUUGAGUUAGAGUAUCUUAAUGGCAAUCCAGUUCUGCUAUUUAAAUGCAAGUGGUUUGAUCUUCGCAAGAAGACAGGGAUGCAAAAAGAUAAAAAUCUUACGAGCAUCAAUGUUAAUAGAUUUUGGUAUGAACAUGAUUCUUUUGUACUAGCUACUCAAGCAAGGCAAGUAUUUUAUAUUGAUGAUCCGAAAUUGGGAGAAAAUUGGCGAAUUGUCCUAAAAUUUCAAGAUAGACACUUAUAUGAUGUGCCAGAGAUGCAAAAUUCAGAGACAGGAAAUGGCGAAACAAAUGAUGAAGUAUAUCAAGAUGUUUCACUUGAAAGUAAUUCAAUUGUCAAUGAUACGGAUAAUAUGUUGAGUCAACUACAUAGAGAUGAUGUUGAUUCGGUUACCCUAGAUGCAUCUGUAAUUGAAUUGGAGGCUCAAACAGAACAUGAAGUUGGUUAUGACGAAGAAAAUUCUGACGAAGAGGAUGACACAAUGGUAGAGUACAUCAGUGAUCAUGAGGAGAAUGAGGGGAAUGAAGGUAAUAAUAGUACUAAUGACGAUGAAGUUGAUAUCACAGAUGAUGAUGACGACGACAUUGGUUUUUAUGAUGUAACCUCAUAAUAGUAAGAUUGCAUGAUGAUGAUGAGGUGACAAGGAAGGAUCAUGUGGCAGCUGGGCUUUGUUGCAUACAAUUGUUUAUGAAUUCUUCUUCUCAGGAAGAAGCUAUAAGACACUUGGAGAACGCCAAGGUCAGUCCAUUUUAAGAAUUUGUUCUGCUGCACAUCUGCUUUAUAGAUGGUGUUUAUGGUUAUCAAUGAAUUAUUGAUUUUAUAGGGUUGUGCUCUCUUUUCUCUGUCCUAGUUGUCAAACCAAGUUUAGAUGCUUAGGGAAGCCAAAAAAUACUGGCAAGGUGCACUUUUAUAAGCAGCGUGUGCAAGGAAUUACACAAAUGCUGGGUAUGCAUCUUUUUUUAAUAUAUUAUGUUGGCGAUAGGGCGAAUGAGAGGUUUUAAAUAAUUAGGCCAUUUAUAGAUGUCUUGACAAAUUGCUUAAGAGUAUGGUCACUGAAGAAGAAGCUGAGAAACAGGUUAUUGAAUUUGUCAAGAGAAACAUUGGCACAUAUACACCAUUACUAGCAGGAAAUUCAGUCUACGUGAAUUUUCAAUUUUUGAAGAAAUACAUGCCAAAUCUGGCUAGUCUUUUUUCACAUGUACUAGUUGAUGUCAGCAGUGUCAAGGCAUUGUGUGUUCGUUGGUUUCCAAUAGCAAAAAGGCUCCUAAAAAGGAAAGCAAGCAUAGAGCUAUGGAUGACAUUAAGGAGAGCAUAGCAGAACUCAAUUACUUCAAGGAACACAUAUUCAAGGCCUCCAAGUCUAAUAAGAAUCCAAGGCUUGUUGCUUUUCACAAGCUCCAUGUUGUGCAGCAAACCAAAGAUAAUAAGAGUGUUGUUCCAUUAAACAGCUAAAUAAUAGUAUAUAUAUUACCUUGUCCCCAGCUGCUAGAAUUACUAGUUGGCCAUCUUCAGCUGGCUUUUUGCUCCUUGAAACUGGAGCUUCAACAAGACAACCACCCUUUGAUGUAAUGGCCUGUAAUCAUUCACUAUUAGUAUUUCACUUCAACUUACUAAUUCUUUGCUGUUCUAAUAUGUGCAGUAUUCAUCAUAAACUUGACUCUGAUAGUACACUGCUUCAGCUCUAGUGUAAAACAAGUCAAGAAUUAAUAUUCCCACAUGCAAUUCCAACCUCACUAAUCUUUGAAGAAGUAUCGGCAUCAACGGUUGACAUGUCUAUAUACCCCUUCCAACCACAUAUCUACUCAAGAGCACCAUCUUAUCAGGCUCUUAAGAUUUCAAAGACAAAUUACCCCUGCUUUAGUUGAACCUGGUCAGUGAUGGAAUUUUGUCCAGACGAACAGAUCGAUUUUCUGCUGAGCUUUCUGCUGCACAUUGUUCAGGGACCACUACAACCUUCUCAUGGUAUAUAACACCACCUGUUCAUCUUUGGGUGCAUGAUGGUACAACAACGUAAAUAACUAGAUGAUUCCAGCUGCUUGAAAGUCUUCAAGCCAGUCAUGAUCCUAAUGAGCACAGCUACUGCAGUCGAUAUGACCUCUACCUUUGUUUUUUGCCAAAAAAGGAUUGUAGUUUUCAACGAGAUGUUUAUAAAUUGAUCCUUUAGAACAACCAAUUGGAUAUUCCUGUUUUCUGGUAAUUCUUUUUACUAAUAAUUACUAGGAACCUCAGACCUCUCUAUUCCUUCGAGGUAGGGUUAAGGUAUGCGUACACACUACCCUCCCCAGACCCCACUAGUGAGAUUUCACUGGGUCGUUGUUAUUGUUGUUGUUGUUGUUGUUAUAGAUGUCUUGAGGUAAUAUCCGCCUGUGUAGGUCUCUCUGUCCUCUGUUUAUUCUACUUUAAAUUUCUAAAGCAGAUUCUCCUUU